CCUGAAGUCAAUACUCACUGGCACUAUGGCUGCAGAACAGGUCAAGCUGAAAUGUGCGUUUCGGAGUGGUUCGCUUCUGGUUGUGGUGCUACUGCACGCAGUGGCGUAUUCGACCGCCACUGGCGCAUUUGUGAGAUAUCUACCAGACCCCGCUGCUAAUGUAGUGCCUAAUGUGCCUCCAGAAACAUACUUUCAUUAUGUGGCAGAAAGCGACAGCAGUACACAGUCAACAGUGAUCCGCAUCAAGCAAGAGCCGUACGUCGUGGUGAAGGUAUCUAACUUGGAGUUUUGUACGGUAAUAUGGAGCAACAAGCAUUUAUUGAGGCGUGUACCAGCAAGACGGGCAAUAAAAGACUUUUGCAGAUCGAUACGCCAGUCGGGAAAAGAGAUGGUAACUGCCACGGAAGUGACGUCCGUACUUGACGUCACCGCUACUGGCGAGUCUGGUAAAGCAUUGCGUGCCGAAGCGGGACUGGCGGAUCGACAGGACCCCUCUGCUGAAGCACUUAACCUGAAGAAACUCUCAAAAUGGUGCAAGUAUCGGAAGCAAAUAGACAACAAACUGGUUCGAAUUUAUUUACCAGAUAUCUGCAGCAACUUGGAUAAAACAGUUCCAGGGAAGAGUACAGCCAUCGUCACAGAAGUGCCGUCUGGACAUGAGCUCAUGACAACAGCGGUCACUAGUACUUUCGAAGGCACGUUUGAUACAAGUCGUGCCUCUCAAGUCGACACAAGUAUGACCAGUUCGCUGCAACAUGUGGAACCACCGCUGCUGACCUUGUCCUCGAUCAAAAUCAGGGAAGUAUGCAAGCAUGUGGACGAAGUAAGGAACAAAUUGGACGGACCUUUUUUACUGGCCAUCUGCAGAUGGUUAAAUAAAGCAGACACAGAUAUGUCGGCGGAGUCGAAUGGGACCGUCACUUUUGCCCAAGUGACUAAAGAUGCGGAUCCCAUUACUGAAGCUGUGACCUUGAAAACAGCCUACACUUACAGUGCACAGUCAGCAGUAACCAGCCUGAAGCCAGAGAUGGGCGCGGCAUACAAUAUUUCUGACACGGAGCUUGGCGUAUUAGUGUGUCAGAACUUUCAUUUAAUAAAUAUCUCGGUUUCCUUUAUAGCAAGGCGGACUCUAGGACUCUACUGUAAAGUUAUGAAUCUUACAGAUACAGGAACGAGUACGGCCGCCGCCACGGAAGUGAUGUCUGCACGCAAGCUCACCGCAACAGCGGCCGCUGGCACGUCUGAAGGACCUUCCGGCACAAGUCGUGUCCCUGAUACUGAGCAAGCUGCGACGAGCUUGACGCAACAAAAGGAACCCUCUUCACACAUCUCGUCCUCGACCAAACUCAAAGAAGUGUGCAGACACCUGAAUCAAGUAAAGAAUAAAAUGUUUGGACCAUUUUUACCGGCGCUCUGCAAGCACGUCGAUGAACCAGACACAGAUAUGUCGGCGGAAUCGAAUAGGACCGUUACUACUGCCCAAGUGACUAAAGAUGCGGAUCCCAUAACUGAAGCUGUGACCUUGAAGACAGCCUACACUUAUAGUGCACAGUCAGCAGUAACAAGCUUGAAGCCAGAGACGGGCGCGGCAUACAAUAUUUCUAACACGGAGCUUGGCGUAUUAGUGUGUCAGAACUUUCGUUUAAUAGAUAAUUCCUUGUCCUUUAUAGCAAGACGGGCACUAUUACUCUACUGUAAAAAUAUGAAACUUACAGAUACAGGAACGAGUACGGCCGCCGCCACGGAUGUGAUGUCUACACGCAAGCUCACCACAACAGCGGCCGCUGGAACGUCUGAAGGACCUUCCGACACAAGUCGUGUCCCUGAUGCUGAGCAAGCUGCGACGAGCUUGACACAACAAGAGGAACCCUCUUCACACAUCUCGUCCUUGACUAAACUCAGAGAAGUGUGCAGACAUCUGAAUCAAGUAAAGAAUAAAAUGUUUGGACCAUUUUUACCGGCGCUUUGCAAGCACGUCGAUGAACCAGAUAAGUCUGCGGAAUUAAAUGGGACCGUCAUUGCUGCCAAAGUGAAUAAAGAUGUGGAUCCCAUGACUGAAGCUGUGACCUUGAAGACAGCCUACACUUAUAGUGCACAGUCAGCAGUAACCAGCCUGAAGCCAGAGAUGGGCGCGGCGUACAAUGUUUCUGACACGGAGCUUGGCCAAUUAGUGUGUCAGAACUUUAUUUUAAUAGAUAAUUCCUUGUCCUUUAUAGCAAGACGGGCACUAUUACUCUACUGUAAAAAUAUGAAACUUACAGAUACAGGAACGAGUACGGCCGCCGCCACGGAAGUGAUGUCUACACGCAAGCUCACCACAACAGCGGCCGCUGGAACGUCUGAAGGACCUUCCGACACAAGUCGUGUCCCUGAUGCUGAGCAAGCUGCGACGAGCUUGACGCAACAAGAGGAACCCUCUUCACACAUCUCGUCCUUGACUAAACUCAGAGAAGUGUGCAGACAUCUGAAUCAAGUAAAGAAUAAAAUGUUUGGACCAUUUUUACCGGCGCUUUGCAAGCACGUCGAUGAACCAGAUAAGUCUGCGGAAUUGAAUGGGACCGUCACUGCUGCCAAAGUGAAUAAAGAUGUGGAUACCAUGACUGAAGCUGUGACCUUGAAGACAGCCUACACUUAUAGUGCACAGUCAGCAGUAACCAGCCUGAAGCCAGAGAUGGGCGCGGCGUACAAUGUUUCUGACACGGAGCUUGGCCAAUUAGUGUGUCAGAACUUUAUUUUAAUAGAUAACUCCUUGUCCUUUAUAGCAAGACGGGCACUAUUACUCUACUGUAAAAAUAUGAAACUUACAGGUACAGCAACGAUCACGGCUGGCGCCACGGAAGUGAUUUCUGCACGCAAGCUCACCACAACAGCGGCCGCUGGCACAUCUGAAGGACCUUUCGACACAAGUCGUGUCCCUGAUACUGAGCCAGCUGCGACGAGCUUGACGCAACAAGAGGAACCCUCUUCACACAUCUCGUCCUUGACCAAACUCAGAGAAGUGUGCAGACACCUGAAUCAAGUAAAGAAUAAAAUGUUUGGACCAUUUUUACCGGCGCUUUGCAAGCACGUCGAUGAACCAGAUUCGACUGCACAGCCAUAUAAGCAGAUGACAAGCUCACCUAGUGGCGAACCUAUUAAAGGAUCUAAUGACGAAACUGUUGACGAAGCCGUUGAUGAGUCUACUAAUGAAGCCGCACGACCAACCACGCUGAUGACAAAUACUCGUCGUCAUGAAUCUGUCGAUGAAUCUAUUAAUAAAUCGUAUGAAGAAUGUGGUUUUGAAUCAUAUGAUGAUAUUGACACAUAUUAAAAUAUAGUUUGUAUAUUCAGAUAACUGGAUUUUUAAUUUCUGUAAUCACACUGAUUAAACAUGUCAACAAAAAGAAAUUACUGGCCAUUGCGAACAGAAAUAGUUAAUUACCAGUAAAACAACUUGCAGGAUUAUCGUCAAUUCACAACGCUAAUUACGUAUUAAGCAACGACACUUCAUUUAUAGAACUGAUGAUUUAUGAAAUACUGUUGAAAGUUAUUCUGAUAGUCAACUAUGUUUUUAACAUUCAACAUACAUUU